AAUAAAUAAAUGUGUGAAUAAAUAAGUAAAUACUGAAAUAAAUAAAUACUGAAAUACAGUUUGGCCAUGAAAACUGCUAAAUGGAUUCCUAUAUUUGUUUAUUAACGUAUUUAAAUAUUUAUGAAUUUCCACAUUUCGUCAUUUAUUUAUUUAUGUAUUUCCACAUUUCUACAUUUAUUUAUUUAUGUAUUUCCGCAUUUCUACAUUUAGUUAUUUAUGUAUUUCCACAUUUCUACAUUUAUUUAUUUCUGCAUUUCUGUCUCUGUAUGUUAAUAAGGUGGGCGGUCCCAAAAGCAUGAUUGGUUAAAAGUCGAGCUUCCUUGCGACUCAAUUAGUAAUGCCUUGGCUUGUAAUGAUUUCUGUCUGGUAGUUAUGGCGGGUUUUGUACGAGCUGUCGCUAACGACUUGCGAACAAUAGCGAGUGAAAUUGAGAACCUCGCAGAAACGGACUACGUUUUAUAUCGAGUCGAAAGAUCAAUGGACUAUAUAGUUCAGGUUUAUUCCGAGAUGGAUGUUGACCUUGACCAGAUGGUGUUUGACGGUCUUCAAGAGGUCGCUCGCCAACUGUAUAUCCUCGCACAGAAAGAGGAAGGCAACGUUGGCCGUCCACGCUACGUUUUACCCCCCAAUAUAAUCGAGGCUCAUCUACUUCUGGGCCGCACUGCUGGAGACAUUGCUCAGCUCUUUGGAGUUUGCGAGCGAACAGUUCGUCGGAGAAUGGCAGAGUAUGGGAUAAGGUAAGCGUUUCGGAAUUUUCACUAAAAAACGAUAUAAUAGGUUAAUAUCACUAACUGCAAAGGUGUAAAAAAAAUAACAUUUUUGUUUUGUAGCAUUUGUUUAUAAAAUAUAACUCCAAAAAAUGACAACCGUGACACUUAUCCACAGGAGUGUAGCACGAAAUGGGCCUUGUGUAUAAACCAUCCUGGUGAGCCCCGAUGCUCACCUGAUCAAUUUCUCUCACUUAUAUUUUCCCAUGUUAUAAUCUGUUGUUGAUGACCAGAGUACACGAUCUAUUAACUCCAAUGGAGGACAAUGUUUUGGAUGAAAUGGUGACCCAAAUUCUGCAGCAGCAUCCCAAUUGUGGAUAUAAAAUGAUGAUUGGGUUCCUGAAUGCGCAGGGCAUCCGUAUACAGAGGCAGCGUGUAUAGGAAUCCAUGCAGCGUGUGGAUCCUCAUGGAGUUUGGAUGCGCACCCUUCAGUUGACCCCACGGAGACGCAGGAAGUACUUUGUACCAGCUCCAAACAGUUUGUGGCAUAUAGAUGGCAAUCACAAAUUGAUAAGAUGGCGCAUUGUUGUGCAUGCUGGUAUUGAUGGCUUUAGUCGUCUUAUAACAUACUUGAAGGUUUCCACCAACAAUCGUGCAGCAACAGUACUGCAAAGCUUUCUGGAAGCUGUUGAAGUUUAUGGCAUGCCCUCACGAGUGAGGUCAGAUAAAGGUGGAGAAAAUGUUGAUGUCGCACACUACAUGGUGGCAAACAGAGGGCUCAACAGGAAUUCACAUAUUGCUGGAAGGAGUGUGCAUAACCAAAGAAUAGAGAGGCUCUGGAGAGAUGUUUACACAGGAGUACUCGAUCUCUUCUACACAAUUUUUAUCAACCUUGAAGAAGGCGGCCUUCUGAAUUCUGACAGUGAAGUUCACUUGUAUGCACUGCACUGGUGCUUUCUACCUCACAUUCAGAAACACCUUGACUUCUUCCAAAGUGGCUGGAACUGCCACCGACUACGCACUGAGGGAAACCAGACCCCACUUCAACUGUGGAGUCAAAAUGAGCUCGAAGCACAGCAGGACCCCAUACAGGUUCAUAUGGAGUUGACUGGACCGCACCGUCUAGUCAUCGACAGCCUGAUGUUAUGGUCCCCGAGGUCCAGCUGCAGAGACCCCUGACUGAGCAAGAAGCAGAAAAUCUACCAAAGCCAGAUGGUCCACUGUCCCAUGUG